UAGAGAGAUCGUUCGAUAACUAUUUAUACACUCUGGUAUUGUUAAGUUCGUUCAUUCAGACAGUAUUACAGGGUGUUUCAGUCUGAGCUCGGGAAAUGAUGCUAUGGACGAAUAUUUACCCCUGUAAAUAAGAGAUGCUGGUAUACGAAUGGCGAUGCUGCGGACGUUUACGAAUUCCGACGAGCUUCCAAGGACAUUGCGUAUUUCGACUUCAUAAUUCUGUUCAGGGUUAUCUUUUUGAGGAAGCAUGACGCAGGAAGUCAGAGGUCUACUGACAGUUUUUGAACAAUUAAGAGUUUGGUUUUUUUUUAUAAGCUGUGAUAACAAGAUCAAAAUUUGUUGUUUGGGGUGACAGGAGUUUUUUAUGCAUUAUAAAAAAAUUCGAAUGGAUUACUAACUGGAAUAUGAUAUUUUUGGCUUUUCUGUCGGAUCAAUUGAUAUUGAUUGAUCAAUUAAGAAUCGGUGAAUUUAAAAAUACUGCCAUGUUCCUGGCAACGUUAAGCAAGGGUGUAUUGAACAAUUUCUUGGGACGGUUUUAAGAAGAUGGAAGUAAAGCAAUAAGAUUGUUAUUUUUUAACUGUUAAUAAAGUUAACAAUGCUUUGUGAUUGCAGAAAUUAUCUUGCAGACUAGAUAGUCGGUCGUGCUCAGUUAGGUAGAAGAUAUCGUUUAUCGAAUGGCAAAUGAUAACACGGCCAGGUAAUCAGUUGGAGAUAAUGAGGAGCAAUAGUGAAACGACAACCGUAGAAAAUGUCGGAGCGCACAGUGAACGCAACUGGUCAAGCUCAAGAAUUUACCCCAACUGCGUCGCCCCGUGCUGACAACGAGGCACCCGGUCCAAAGAAUGAACGUCAAGAAGAUGACUCUGUUGACCCACCAAUAUUUACUACCAACACUAUUAUUAUAUCUCAACCUCAGCCACAAGAGCUUAAUGAAGCCUCCAGAAGAAGACCGAUUCCUGUAAACACAUCAGGAUGGGUCUCCACACCCAGGUCCCAGCUAAGUGCUCUUCGAGGAACAGACUUCCUGGGUAGCGUCGAGCAGCUGGAGAUACAGGAGAUCGUACAACUAAGCACACUCCUGAGCAAAUCAAAUCCCGGUAACCAAUACAGGGUAAGAGUUCCAAGGGCUGAAACGAUAUUCCUUGCCAGUGAGGUCUCUGGAGAAUGGCAACGUGACAUCCUGGGAUCUUCACGAGGCUUCACCUUAAAUCUUCUUGACCCCACAGGCGAGUUGGCUUUCACGUUUAAGAAGAAUGUCAGCUGGGGAUGCCUUCCUUGCGCUCUGCACAAAAUGACUGUUGUGUGCAAUGACACAAUUGGAAGCAUUGAACAAAAUUGCACAUUCAUUUCAUCCAGCUUCACUGUCUAUGACGAAUCGAGAAAGAUCGUCUGCUAUAUAUACGGUCCAAAUGUUUUCUCUUGUUGCAUGUAUAAAGAUGCACAGUUUCAAAUAAUAUCCGCAGACAGUACUCAUCAAAUUGCAUCAGUGAUGCAUCAUUGGGAUCAUUUUGCUCUUGAUUAUACUCUACUUUUAACUGUUCCUGCGAAUAUGAAGGUGAAAGUUAAGGCUCUUCUACUAGGCGCAACGUUUCUCAUGGAAUAUUUAUAUUUUCAACACCUGAAAAAUUCAUCAAGCCGAUGAGUAGGUAUAUCUGCAGGAAGUAUGUGAACGCCUGUACAAUUUUCUUGUUAACUGAAUUCUAAUAAUUAUCCCAUUCAUAUAUGACGCAUCCUGUAAUAUAAUAAUUUGUAAAUAUAAUAAAUUGAUGCACACUU